AUGAAAAUACCUCUUAAUACUCUUGAGCAGCCUAAAGAAAUCGAACGUCGUCUCUUGGCAUCCAUCUUAGUGAGUCCCAACUUCUUGGAAGAGUUGCUUUAAUUAGUGAAUGACAAGAGUAAUGUUAUCCACAAAUUAUCUUUGGGAUCAUUGACUUUACUAAUGGAUAAAUUAGAUGACUAUAUAGAGAAUAUGGCUCAACUAGUAUAAUAGAACUCUAGGCAUGAUUGUUCAUAGUUGUUAAACCUCAUUAAUAGUUUAAUGGAGUAUGAGUGUUAUAGAAAAUUGUUUAAUUCAUUAGAACAUCUAUUAAGCAUAGUGGAGCAUACUGACAGUUUGCAAAAUUAUGAGACCAUUAUGAACAUUCUGAUCAAAAUUUGUGAUUAAGCGAUUAAUCUAAACAAUCCUUAAUAGAAAGAAAUCUGCAAUUAAUAAUUACGAGAUAACAUCCCUAGAUUGGUUUACUUGAAUAGAUUUCUCUUUGAUCAUAAUAAUGCUCUUUCAUCCACCAAACUUGAAUUGAUCGAUUAUUAUUAUGAUGAUCCAAAUUAUUUAACUAUUACAGACAAUCCAAUUUAGUUUCCAUAAUUGCAAUUUGAAUAUAUAGAGCCAACUAUUUUAGAUGAGUCAUAUGCAGAUUUAUGUAAAAAUGGUAUUCACAAGAAAGAAUUGCAGCAUUAAACAUCAAUUAAAAACUUUAGCAUUUAAGAUGACCAUUCCAUUUCUGCCAUACUUUUAGCUAAAAAAACAUUAGGAUAGCAGGAUAUGCCUUUGAGUCCAUUGGUAGAGGCAGUUAAAUAUCGAAUACUCAUUCAUAGAGGUUUGGCUAAGAAUAAAAUUGAAACCAAUACAUUGGUUUUAGGUAUGCAUAUAUUAUCACUUGAAAUGAACAUGUUAUUGGAUGCUUUCUGUUCAACUCACGAUUGUGCUUUACUAUUAGAUUAAGUAUUUAUGGAGAAAAUAGAAUACGAACAAUAUUUUUGCGUCUAUGCUAAAUUAUUUCAAUUGAAAACUGUGUAGCCCAAAUUACUAACAACUAUUUUAUCAACUUUGGAUGAAAUAUUAGUGGCAGAAAGAUAGUAGGAUAAUGAAAUAGCAUUAAAUACAGCCAAAAAUUAUGAUGAAACCUUUUUGUAAUUGAUAUACGAUGUUUUAUCAAUGCAACCACAUCAAAUUGAAAUCGAAUCCAGUUACCCAUUAAAAUAUAAUGGGUAACUAUUAAAUGAACAAUGCGCUAGAGAUGAAGAAGUUGCUUGUGGAAUUUUCAAAUUAUUCUCAUCAGAAUCUGGAGUGCUAUUGUUAAGUAGAAGCAACAUUGCACUAGGAUCAUCUUAAGCUUUAAUUAGAACACUACUUAUUUAAGAUAAUAAAUUGCUAUUGCCACCUGAAAUCCUGAAAGCAGCUAUUGGAAUGUUAGGAAGGUUGUCCAGAAAAGAAGAUCUACAAAGAGAUCUUAAAAUAUUUAACGAUCUAAUUAAAGUGGUUGAAAACCUCAUUACCAUUGGACCCAAUCUAAUCAAACCUACAGAUUAAGGAUAUCAACAUGUUACUUUUGAUGAAACUGAUUCUAUCAUUUCUUUUGCUAUUUAGAGUAUCAACGAACAUUUCAAAGAUGAUCUUGGAAGAAGAUAUAAUAGAGCUAAUGCACCUACUAUUGCCAGGAAGGUAUCAGAAACUCAGAUCAUUAAGAAACUUUAAAGUUUACUUUAAGACAGUAAAUACACACUUAUUAUUCAAUAAACGCUCAUUUUGAUUUCACAUCUUGCAAAUGAGGUUCCUACACUAAUUGGUAGAUUGAUUGACUCUCAAUUACCACAAUAAUUAAAUUUAAUCAUUAAGAGUCUAAAUUACGCAUAAAUUAACAAUAAAAUGGUUAAUGCUAUAUUCUAAUUCUAUUUUAAUGUUUCAUUAAAGGAGGAAGGAUAUGAUCAAUUUAAUAAUUGUGGCUUAGAAUUCAUGGGAAAGAUUCUUGAAUUCAGUUUAACUGUAUCUAAUGUGCCCAAGGAACUAUUAACAUCUGUCGGAUAAAAUAUAGCUAAGUAUCUACAAAAAAUUGAUAAAGUUGGACCCUAAGUCAUAAACAUACUCAACAUUGGAUUAAAAGUUCUUUAUGAUUAGUUGAUUGAUAAGAAAAACAAAUUGAAAGAAGACACAUAUUAAUAAUAUUAUGAAAUUAUUACUAAAAUCUCAAACCUAUCCAUACUAACCUUCAAAAUGAUUCAUAAUUUACAUCCAUCCUAAUAAUCUGAAAUGAAUUCAUAAGGAUUCUUUGAAUAAUUAUUAAAGUUCUUUGAAUUUCCUACUUUUGAUUUUAAAAUUGACUUAACCAAAGUAUUUAGAUUAUUUGCUUAACUAGACGAAUUUGAUAAUCCAUUUAAAGCAUUAUCUAAAGUACUUGCCUCCAUUUCUAAUCUGGAAGAUAAAUUGGGUUGCUCCUUUGAAAAAACAAACAUUUUAAUUGAUGAAUCAUACUAUAGCUCUGAGAAAUUCUUUCUAACUUGUCCUUUGGACUAAUUGUAAUAGAAAUUAGAAUUUGUAUCCUACUAUUCUCAAAUUGAGUCGUUGAUGGAAGUGCUAAAACACUAUUUGAUGAACGGUUAAAUCAGAAAUGAAUAAUAGGAAAUAGGAAAAUUAUUGACUAAGAGUUGUUCAUUGUUUUUAAUCUUAAUCAGAUCUAUCAAAUAUACGGAGGAUUAGAAGAUAGAAUAAGUUUUCAAAAAAUCUGUUUUCUACUAAUAUAUUUAAUUACUAAAAGUCAUAAUUAUCAAUUCGUAUAGAGUAAUGAGAAGAAUCAAUAAUGAAUUACAACCACUUAGUAAUUUAUUUUGUUAAUUAAGUUAAAAUUUGAAGAAUGAAAAUAUCUAAGUAAUUUAAAUGCAUACUUAUCUGAUAAGUGAUUUAUUGAAUAACCUUGUUGAAGGUAGAAAGUAUGCAGAUUUCCAAAAUUUGCACCCAGAUUUUUUGAGUUUGUUAAUAAACUCUGAAUUUCUUGACAAUCUCAAAUCUGGUAUUAGUUAAUUUAUUUAAUUGGUGGGUUAGAAGAGUAAUGUUGAAUCUAUAGAUUUGUUGGGUUGGUAGUAUGCAAAUAUCAUUAAAUUGAUUUAUCUGAACAAAGUAGAUAUGAAUAAAAAGAUCCAAGGAUAUAUGUUGAUUCCUAAGUAAAUUGAAGAAAUUUAAAAUCUCCUAACCAUUACAUAAUGCUUAUCAGCUGAUCCCAUCUAUGCAGUUUAAGAGUAGUUAUUCAAUAAGGUCAUUUUUAUUUUCCGUCCUCAAUUCUUAUAAGACAUUCUCUAAAAAGACAAGGAUAACUUCUUCUAAAAGACAUAUUAAAUUUUCAGGGAUGAGAAUGGAGGUGAGAUCGAUAUACUAUAAUAAGAUCCAAAUGAAGCAAGAACAAAACUUAGAGACAUGGGUUAUCAAGAAGAUUAGAUUACAAUUGCACUUCAAAAUAAUGAUAUUUAUGAUGUGAAUAGGCUUAUUGAAUGGAUUUAAGACAAUUUUGAUAUGAUUGAAGAAUAAAGAGUGAGAAUAAUGGAAAUUCAAAAGAAUGAACCUUCUUUAGAAGAUGUUACACAAUAAAUUUAAGCAUAACAAAAGACUCUGAAAGAAUUUAUCUAAACAAAUAUGCUAUCAUUUAGUAGAUUUGAGGAAAGCAUCUUUUAAUUGUUGGAAGGAUAAGUUAUGCCUUCCUUAUUAAAAUGCUUAAAAUAGGUUGCCUUUGAAUAAUUAAAAUUACAACUCAAAUUUAAGGAUUGCGAACUUGAAAUCAAACAACCUCAAACUGAUAAUAUGAAAGUCAUCAUCACAAUUUUGCAUUAUAUUUACAAAUAAAAGAACCUUGUUGAGGAAUAUGAAAGCAUUGUACCUGAAUUGAUGAAAUUGGCAUAGGAAUUAAUGAAGUAAUAAGAUGAUCUCAGUCUAAAAGCCAUAAAUCACAUAUUAGCAAUUUUAACUCUAUUUAUCACUGAUGAUCAAAAGAAGAAAAAGAAUCAUCAUGACACAGUAAAUGAUAUCCUUUUGGGAGUAAUCAACAUAUUAAAAGGAAAAGUUCAAAAUCACACGACCUCAAAAAUUUGCAUAGAAAUUCUUGUGAGAGCAUUCCAAGUAAACAAGGAAAAUGUCUCAAAGUUUGUCUCUCAAAUGAGAGGAUUAGAAUAUUUGAUGAGAAUAAAAGGAGAUUAAUAAAAUCACAUGUUUCCAUUGACUAAACUAGCACUUUCAAUUGUUCAUGACAAGAGCUUGGUAAUCGCUCAGAUUGAAGCUAAAAUUAAAAAGAUCCUCUAUAAUCAAGAAUAUAAUAAAGAGAUUGAGAACAUUAAUAAGCAACAAUAGCAACCUUAAUCAUAGGUUUAGCAACAACAUUAACCUCAUUACCCCAUCUGCUUUUAACCAAUUUAUUAUAAUAUUCCCAUAACAAAUGACAUCAAGAUUGCUUCAAAUCAUCCAGCUUUAUUGGCCAUUUAAACUUAAGCCUUUUAUACAGAUGAAGUUAAAGAGGUUAUGUCUCACUUAUUUGAAGAUGGAGAAACUGUUGAAGGAGUUAAGUAUUUGAAUCUUAGGAAAGGUUGUUCAUUACACACUUUCGAUUGCGUUUAACCUACUAGUUUUUAAAAGCAUAAGGAACCUGAAACUGCUAAAAAAAGCAAAUAAAUCUCAAAAAAAAAAAAGAGUGAAGAUAAACUACAAUUACAAUCCAACUUCUAACAUACUUAAGAAGCAUAAAUCCUAAUUAAAUUAUUAAUACAAUAGAUGAUAAGUUCAUUUUUCGAAAAUGAAUAAUAUCAAUAUCAUUGGUACACUAUUACUUAAGUAUUGUAAAUAUUGAUUCGAAGAUAUCCUGUUCUGAUACCAAAGAUAGUGAGAGUAAAUUGCAGUAAAUUUUUAAAGCCUUAUUAAAAAUAAUUAAGUACAGACUACUAAGAUUUGGAGUUUCCGAGAAAAAUCUCUUUUCUUACUCUUAUUACUAGAAUUAUGACUCCUGCAAAGAAUCUACUAUUUGAAUUGUGUUUGGACAAUGUCUUGUUGUAUUAAAUGGCCAAUAAUGUUAUUGUUCCAUUUUCAAAUGAAACAAGGAGAAAGAUUGUGAGUGAAUUAUAUGAGGGCAUUGAAAAAAGAAUUAAGAACUUUGAUUCAAUAGUUUGUUAAUACUCAUAUACUUUAAUACGUCUACUAUAGAUAAAAUCAGUGGCAAAGAUUUGUUAUAGAAAUAUUCAUGACACCACAAACUCCUUUAACUUUAUAAAAUUGUAUAUGGAUGGAAUGAAGAACUUCGAAUUGAACUCAUAUUACAUUUAUGAAAAGGAAUUGUAAUUUGUAACAGAAACCCUAGCAGUAUUAUUCAAUAUGGCUAUUUAUCUUCUAUUUUACAAACCUGCUCCUAUUGUAAUUUCCAAAUAACAAUAAGAAUAAUAUGGAGAUCAUUUUCAAUUGCAAGGUAUGAUAGGAUAAUUGUUGCCAGAAGAGAUCAAUUCAUAAUUAGUACCAAAUAAGAGUAUUUUAUAUCAGGAUUCAAUCAAAUAUUUCUAAAAAUGGCCUCUUUUACCAAUUUCAUUCCUAGAAGAAUUAAACUCAAAUCAAUAACAUGAAGAAUUGGAAUUUUAAUAAAUCUUAUCUCCUUUUAGAAGAAGAAAUAGACUUGUGAAUGUGGAAUUGAUUGCCAACAUUGAAGAAGAUGAUGGUAUGUUAGAAUUGGAAUAUGAUGACAAUGAUAUGCAUAGCGAAUAAAGUGGAGACUCUCAUAAUUCUCAUGAAUCAGCUCCAGAGGAUCUAGAAGAAGAGGAAAAUAGUUGGGGAUCUAGUUAAAGUGGAAAUAAUCAAAUAGAACCAGAAGAAGCUUAGAAUUCUUCAUCUAGUUGGACUGAUGAAGAGGAUGAAGAUGAAGAUAAUGAUCAACAAGAGGAAGAGGAAGGAAGUGAGUAGGAUGAGCAAGAUGAAUAGGAAGAAGAAAAUGCCUCAAAUAGUGAAAUUUAGAGUGACGCUGAAGAAGACAUGGAUUAAGAGGAUGAAGAAGAACAUGAAGAAGAUUAAGAAGAUGGAGUUAUUGAUGAGGAAAAUGAAGGAUUCGAAUAGGAGGAGCACAAUGAUGAUGAAAUUUCAGAAGAAAAUAUUGAAGUCACUAAACAAUUCCAUCAUCUUACUAGUAGAGAAGAUUAGGCAUUUGCUAAAAUGACCAAAUCUAUCAUUCAAUUAAUUGGAAUUCAAUUCCCAUAAUAAUUUGUGAAGGUUUUAGAUAAACUAGUCUAUUCAUUACCUAAAAUGACCUCCCCUGAAGAUUCUUAACCAAUUAAUUGGUGGACAGAAUUGACUCAAUUCAUAGCUAAAUCAUUCUAAUUAGAUGAAAGAUCAUAUGGACAAGAAUUGAGAAUGUAACCACUAUUUAGAGAUAAUAGAUUGACUAAUGAAAUCUUUAGAAUUGACUAAAAUGAUAGAAUUUUUAAUAGGUUUUAAGCAGCAAGAUUUGAUCAGAUUGACAGACAAGAAAGACUUGAGUAAAUUAGAUAAGAUAGAUAUAGAUCAACAUUUCGAAAUAGAAGAGAAGAAUUAUAACUUGAAUAAUAACUACAAUAACAAAUUCAACCAUAAGCUAACUUAUUUUAAUAACACCAAUAGCAAGAUUAUAAUCAUAGUAGAGAAUCAUAAUUUAUUCGAUUAUUUAAUUGGAAUUAAAUCUCAUAAAGUUUAUAAUAACCAUAAUAGUAAUAAUAAUAAUAAUAAUAAUUAUAAUAACAAUAACAGUAACAAUAAUAAUAAUAAUAAUAAUAAAAUCCUGCUCCCUUAUAACAACAAUCUUAAAAUUUACAAAACUUAUAAGAUCAAAUAUAAUAAUAAUUUAUGAAUCUGCUACAGUAAUAAUCACAAUAAUCAUAAUCGCAAUAAUCACAGUAAUAAUAAGAAUAAUUGUAAAUUUAAUAAUAAAUUCAAGUUGAAGAGCAAUAAGUUGUUAUUCCUAAAACAAACUCAGAAGUUAUGUAAAUAGAAGCUUCAAGUUAAGAGUCCUAAUAAUAAGGAAAAAAAUAAGAUCAAUAAUAAUAAUAACAACCAUAAUAAUAGUAAUAAUAAUAAUAAUAAUAACAAUAAUAAUAACAAAUGCAAACAGAAGAUUAACCUUAAAAAGUAGAAUAACAAAUUUAAACUAUUUAAUAAGAAUAAUAAUUAAAUUUAGAAUAACUUUAUCCCAACACCUUCAGCUUCUUAUAAAGGGCUGGUAGAACUUUCGAUGAUUUAACAAACAACAACAUAGAUCCAUCAGUAUUUGAAGAUUUAUAGGAAGAUAUGAUGAUUGAUAUUAUCUCAAACAUUCCAGAAAAUAAAGAAAUAAAUGAUAUCGAAGGAAUAGACCCAUAAUUCUUAUAAUCAUUACCUCCAGAAAUUAGAAGAGAAAUCUAUUAAUAAUAUGUACAACCAACUUAAAAUCAACCAUAAUAACUUUCAGAUCUAGAUCAAUUGAUUGCUUUAAUAAAUUAAACUCCAUAUGAUGAUAGAGAGGAAAUGUAUUUAUAAAUAAGUGCUGAAUAAGUGCGAAAUCUGCCUUAAGAUCUAAGGUAGGAAGCCACUUAUAUAAGAGAUCGAGCUGAUUAAAGGGCAAUUGAAUAGACAGAAAGAUAACUGUACUAUUAAGUGGAUCCUUAGUAAUAACUCUAACGCAAUCUCAACCCAUAACCACAAUUACAAAGAAAGGAGAACCAAAAAUCUUUGAACUUGAAGAACUUACUUCAAACUUAACGACAUUUAGUAUAAAAAUUGGGAAAUGUUGAUGAUGAGUUUGCUGAAUCUUUAUUGAGAUUACUUUAUGUUGAGUCCCAUAGUUUUGUUAAUUUCCCAAUAAACUUAUUCAUUGCUUUGACAAACAAUCCAAAUGUCGAAUAUAAAUUGAUUGACACUCUAUUUUUCAUUCUUAAGAAUCGUAAUCAGAGAACAGACUAAGGGGAAUUCCCUCCAUAAGUAUUAAUAAGAAGAAAUGGACUAUUAAGAGAUUAAAAUAAGAUUUAUGAGAUAGUUUCAUUAAAGAUCCUCUAUUUAAAUUUCAAAAUUGUAGGGUCCAUCAAUAAAAUACUUCUUUGA